GUGUGGUACAGAGUUUUAGUAGUACCGAUUUUUUUCCGGUAGGGGCGGAUAAAUAUACUUCUUAACAUUUAAUAUGCCAACGGCCGUCAUCGUAGAACGUUGUGUUACGUUGGUGUGAUAUUUUUUUUAAAAGUUAUUUUUCGUACUCGUUUUUGUAAUGGCUGAUUUGCGUGAACAGCGCGCGGCCGUCAAGUUUUGGUUCCUGCUCGGGAAAACAAGCACAGAAACCCUUGAGAUGUGGAAAACAGCUUACAAAAGUUAUGCUUUAGGGAAAACUCAAGUAUUUGAGUGGUUUUCCCGUUUCAAAAGUGGUGAAAUGUCGAUAGACGAUCAAGCUCGCUCUGGACGUCCUCCGACGGUGCGAACCAACGAAAAUGUAGAAAAAAUUCACAAAAUUAUCCUGGAAGAUCGACAGCAAACCAUCGAAGAAGUAGUGGAGAGAUCUGGUGUGACAUGGAGUUCAGUACAGAGAAUUUUAAGUGAAGAUUUGGGGAUGAGACGGGUGGCUGCAAAAUUUGUUCCUCGACUGCUAACUGAGCAGCAAAAACAAGGCCGCGUGGAAUCAUGCUCUUCUUUGAAAGAAGAAUUCCAAAAUAAACCAAACUUCUUUUCCAAGGUCAUUACAGAUGACGAAUCAUGGUGCUAUGAAUAUGAUCCUGAAACCAAGCAACAAUCGAGCCAAUGGAAGACUCCAGCAUCGCCUCGCCCUAAAAAAGCUCGUCAAGUGAGGUCAAACAUUAAGACAAUGCUCCUUUGUUGUUUUGAUGUGAGAGGAGUCGUCCAUUCGAAGUUUGUUCCACCUGGUCAGACAGUUAACCAGGCAUUUUACCUAGAGGUGUUAAAAAGAUUACGCAACAGUUUGAGGCGAAAAAGACCUGAUUUGUGGCAGUCAGGAGACUGGUUUUUUCAUCACGACAAUGCUCCUGCUCACACAGCCCUUUCUGUACGGCGGUUUUUGACCAAAAAUGANUCUUUUUAUUCCCCAGAAUGA